AUGCCGCGACCCUCGACGAUUCUUGCACCUUGCGAUAUCGACAAGCCCCAUUCUCAGCCGCCUUCUUACAGCCCUCCGUCGACCUCAGCCCCCGACCGCCCGACCGCCCUUGUGCUCGACGCAUCAGCAACGCUGGCCCAAUCCGCGCGCUUGAAUGUCCCAGAGGGGGACACAUUGAGCAAGGUCACGUCCCCGCUCAAUGCCGUCUACUUGAUGCAGAAGGUCGACAUGCCAUCAUUCCUGCCCGACGACUGCGACCUCCACAAUUCUUUCUCCCCCAAAUCCUUAUCGCCAGCGAUCCCGACACAACAACAACAAACCCCCGCCGUUGACUCUCUGCCCGGAGCAUGGCCCAAACCCACGCCUGGUCUGCCUAAUGGCUUGCAGUAUGGAGCAGACAGCGCUAUAUCGUCCCUGCCUAACGGGAGGUCGUCAGAGUCGCACAGCACACGCGGGAGGACCGUCUCGUCCAAGGGUAGCAUGCCCUCGAUGCUAUCAUCAAAAAGUGACAAUGACGUCCGGUCGGUCGACGUGUCUUCGCUCCCGAAAGACGAUGACGGCUACUUUGCACACAAACCCAACGGAGCCCCUCGCUCACCGAACCCAUCUCAACACGCCCUCGCCGUACCGGAAGACGUCUCGCCGACCUCAUCUGCUCUGCCCCUCCAGACAAUGCCAAGCCCCGUGCUACCACCCGUAAGUGAGGCUGGUCCUUCUGCCACCGAUGGUAUGCUCCGCGUACCUCGAUCGACACAUCGUGCCUCUUCUCCUCCGGCCUUCUCUCACACAUCUUCGUCCAUGGCCUCCGUCUCGUCCCAACCUCCAGGUCGAUUGGUUCACCGACAUACCCUUGAAGUCCCUAGUGUGGCUGGCCGCACUUCCCGUGACAGCCAAGCACCCUCUACGCAUGAUGGAAAUGUCGCAUCUGCCACCGGUCGUUUCUCGCCUACCACUCCUAGUAGAAGAAGGGGCUCUUCCCAGCUUGUCCGCCGUGGAACACGCUCAAUCCAAUCAGACGCACAUCUCGAUGAGGUCGUACAAGACGACGAUGCUGCACGAUGGGCCGAGCAUAUCAAGCAAAAGAGAGCAAGCAAGCGAAAGCGAGACGAGGACGACGAACGUGUCGUUGUUGGCACCAAAGUCGAUCAGAACCACGUCAACUGGGUGACUGCAUACAACAUGCUUACUGGAAUCCGAUUCUGCGUGUCGAGGACAAAUGCAAAGAUUGGCAGGGACUUGACCGACGCCGAUUUUGACGCAAAGCACAAGUUCUCAUUCGAUAUCACCGGCAACGAACUCACUCCCUCGGCCAAGUACGACUUCAAAUUCAAGGACUACGCUCCCUGGGUCUUCCGUCAUCUUCGCCACAAAUUCGGUCUGGACCCUGCUGAUUACCUGGUCUCCCUGACUUCAAAGUAUAUCCUUUCUGAACUUGGCUCUCCUGGCAAAUCCGGCAGCUUCUUCUAUUUCUCGCGCGACUAUAAAUACAUCAUCAAAACCAUUCAUCACGCCGAACACAAAUUCCUUCGCAAAAUCCUUAGAGACUAUUAUUCACACGUUCAGGAGAAUCCCAACACACUUCUCAGUCAAUUCUACGGUCUCCACAGAGUUAAGAUUCCUUACGGGAGAAAGAUUCACUUCGUCGUCAUGAACAACUUAUUCCCACCUCAUCGAGACAUUCACCGAACUUUCGACUUGAAAGGAAGUACCAUUGGUAGAGACUUCAAGGAGGAAGAAUUGGAAAAGAACCCGAGGGCUACACUCAAGGAUCUGAAUUGGCUACGACGAAAUCUCCAUCUAGAAUUUGGCCCAACCAAGAAGGAUGCUUUCGUGGAACAGAUGCAGAAAGAUGUCGCUCUCCUUCAGAAGUUGAAGAUUAUGGAUUAUUCGAUGUUAGUCGGCAUUCACGAUCUGCAGCGAGGCAACGAAGACAACCUACGAGACAAGACACUGCAGGUCUUCCAACCCGGAGGCCACAAACCUGAAGACCAACCGCCGAACAUGCUGAUGCGGACGCCUAGCAAGCUUGAAAACGCACGAAAGGCACAGGAACUGCGAGAGCUCAUUAAGAACGAAAAGCCCAUACCGAUGGGUCAAAGCUUGGACAAGAUGCCUGACGAAAUGGCCGGGGGUCACAGAAAGCAGUCUUACUUCUACAGUGACGACGGCGGUUUUAGGGCAACCCACGAAAACAACAUGGCUGGAGAAGAGAUCUACUACCUCGGAAUCAUUGAUUGCUUGACACAUAUUUCUGCCAUACCACCAGAACGUUACGGAGAUCGCUUUGUCAGGUUUAUCUCAGGCGUUACCAAGACGCGCGAACGUGCCGAGGCAGAAAAAGAACAAAAUCUCGAGCAGGGUAGUGACAGACUCAAUAAUUUGGCUAUUCGCAACAUUGAGGGCACUCUCAACGACCCCAAGCUCUCUGGUGUCAAUAUCCUUAGAUCUCCCGACCAGAACCCCGCGGGCACUGAGACGGUUAUGCGCAAGGCAGAGAAGCAGGCAGAAAAGAGUAGACACCGUGGCGUCAAUGAGGACGACAUUCCAGACCGCGCCAUCGGCGCUGUUAGAAGCCCGCAUGCCGAGAAUGAGAACAUGAUCACGCUGCCUGUCAUCGGCGAGGCUGCAGAAAACGGCAGCCCCUCCUCGAGGACACCCACCCGCACAAUCACUCCUCAGCACUCCAAGGAGUCUUUCAAUGGUCGCAGCGGCAACAGUCAGGUCGCUACACGAAAACUCGACCUUGCCAGCCAAAACCUCGGCGAGGUGCCGCCACCCACGCCUCCGAAAACCGACGGCCCUCCUUCCUCCAAGCGAUCCAUUGAGUUUGAGCAUCACGGCCGUGGUGUCAACAACUUCAGCCGUCCGCUGACGCCGCCAAAGGACGACAAGUACAGCCUGCGCGACCAACGNAGACAGACCCCCACACCGCCCAAAGACGAGAGAUAUAGUCUCGACAAGGCACUACCUCUACCGCCAUCCCAAACCAAUGGAGUCGACGAAGACGAGGUGGAAGCAUUGAGGACAAGGGUCUCUGCUCUCUAG